AAAGUCACGUGCACUAUUAGCAAAGUAGGCCUGGGCUGGCACUACUUCCUCUUUCUGCUUCUCUGUUUCCUGAUGACGUCAACGUGAAUAGGAAGUGUAGGAGGCUCACUCUGCCUAGAGGCUCCAGAAGAAGGCUGGACUCUCCGACCACACAGAGGCCUGGAGGAGGCAGAGGCCAGGAGGGAGAGGUCCCAAGAACCUGUGAAAUGGAUCUGGCCUGGCUCCCAGCUGGGCAGGAACACAGGACUUCAGGACACUGAGGACCCUGCCACGCCCAUGGCCAGCACCCACCAGUGCUGGCACCUGCCUGUCCAGAGCUGACCAGGGAGAUGGCACUGGCCCAGAGGCUGCUCUCCAUGGCCCUGCUGGCCCUGUGCUGGGGGCGCAGACUGGCAGGGGCAGAAGAAACCGUCCCGCUGCGGACCCUGCGCUGCUACAAUGACUACACCAGCCACAUCACCUGCAGGUGGGCGGACACCCAGGAUGCCCAGCAGCUUGUCAACGUGACCCUCAUUCGCCGGGUGAAUGACAGGGACCUUCCAGAGCCAGUGUCCUGUGACCUCAGUGAAGACAUGCCCUGGUCAGCCUGCCCCUAUCCCCGCUGCAUGCCCAGGAGAUGUGUCAUUCCUUACCAGAGUUUUGUCGUCACGGACGUUGACUACUACUCAUUCCAACCAGACAGGCCUCUGGGCACCCAGCUCAUCGUCACUCUGACCCAGCAUGUCCAGCCUCCUGCGCCCAAGGACCUGCGGAUCAGCACCGACCAGGACCACUUCCUGCUGACCUGGAGUGUGGCCCCUGGGAGGCCCCAGAGCCACUGGUUGUCCCUGGGGGAUCUGGAGUUUGAGGUGGUCUACAAGCGGCUCCAGGACUCUUGGGAGGAUGCAGCCACCCUCCUCUCCAACGCCUCACAGGCCACCCUGGGGCCAGAGCACCUCAUGCCCAGCAGCACCUAUGUGGCCCGAGUGCGGACCCACCUGGCCUCAGGCUCUCGGCUCUCCGGACGUCCCAGCGAGUGGAGCCCAGAGGUUCGCUGGGACUCCCAGCCAGGGGACGAGGCCCAGCCCCAGAACCUGCAGUGCUUCUUUGACGGGGCCGCCGUGCUCAGCUGCUCCUGGGAGGUGAGGCAGGAGGUGGCCAGCUCAGUCUCCUUUGGCCUCUUCUACAAGCCCAGCCCAGAUGCAGGCUCUGCUGUGCUCCUCAGGGAGGAAGAGUGCUCCCCAGUGCUGAGGGAGGGGCUCGGCAGCCUCUACACCAGGCACCACUGCCAGAUUCCCGUGCCCGACCCCGGGACCCACAGCCAAUACAUCGUCUCCGUUCAGCCAAGGAGGGCAGAGAAACGCAUAAAGAGCUCAGAAAACAUCCAGAUGGCCCCUCCAUUCCUCAACGUGACCAGGGAUGGAGACAGCUACAGUCUGCGCUGGGAAACAAUGAAAAUGCAAUAUGAACACAUAGACCACACGUUUGAGAUCCAGUACAGGAAAGACACGGCCACGUGGAAGGACAGCAAGACCGAGACCCUCGAGAAUGCCCAUAGCAUGGCCCUGCCAAUCCUGGAGCCCUCCACCAGAUACUGGGCCAGGGUGAGGGUCAGGACCUCCCGCACCGGCUACAAUGGAACCUGGAGCGACUGGAGUGAGGUGUGCUCCUGGGACACCGAGUCUGUGCUGCCCAUGUGGGUGCUGGCUCUGGUCGUGAUCUUCCUCACCAUCGUUGUGAUCCUGGCCCUCCGCUUCUGUGGCAUCUACGGGUACAGGCUGCGUAGAAAGUGGGAGGAGAGGAUCCCCAACCCCAGCAAGAGCCACCUGUUCCAGAACAGGAGCGCAGAGCUUUGGACCUCAGGCAGCAUGUUGGCCUUCACCAGCGGGAGCCCCCCACACCAGGGGCCGUGGGACAGCCACUUCCCUGAGCUGGAGGGGGUGUUCCCUGUAGGAUUCGGGGACAGCGAGGUGUCACCUCUCACCAUAGAGGACCUCAGGCAUGUCUGUGAUCCACCAUCUGGGCCUGACGCGACUCCAGCUGCCUCAGAUCUGCCCACAGAGCAGCCCCCCAGCCCCCAGCCAGGCCCGCCUGCCUCCUCCCACACGCCUGAGAAGCAGGUUUCCAGCUUUGACUUCAAUGGGCCCUACCUGGGGCCGCCCCACAGCCGCUCCCUGCCUGACAUCCUGGGCCAGCCAGAGCCCCCACAGGCGUGUGGGACCCAGAAGUCCCCACCUCCAGGGUCCCUGGAGUACCUGUGUCUGCCUGCUGGGGGGCAGGUGCAGCUGGUCCCUCUGGCCCAGGCGAUGGGACAUGGCCAGGCCAUGGACGUGGAGAGGAGGCCGAGCCAGGGGGCUGCAGGGAGCUCCUCCCCGGAGUCCGGGGGAGACCCUGCCCCUCCUGGUCUUGGGCCAAGGGUGGGAGGACAGGACCCAAAGGACAGCCCUGUGGCUAUACCCGCGAGCUCUGGGGUUCCUGAGGACCCUGGAGUGGCCUCUGGUUACGUCUCCUCUGCAGACCUGGUAUUCCCCCCACACUCAGGGGCCUCGGCGGUCUCCCUGGUUCCCUCUCCGGGCAUCCCCUCAGACCAGACCCCCAGCUUCUGUCCUGGGCUGGCCAGUGGACCCCCUGGAGCCCCAGGACCUGUGAAGUCAGGGUUUGAGGGCUAUGUGGAGCUCCCUCCAACUGAGGGCCAGUCCCCCAGGUCCCCAAUGAACAAUCUUGUACCCCCUGAGGUCAGAAGCCCUGUCCUGAAUCCAGGGGAACGCCGGGCAGAUGUGUCCCCAACAUCCCCACAGCCCGAGGGCCUCCUUGUCCUGCAGCAGGUGGGCGACUAUUGCUUCCUCCCCGGCCUGAGUCCCGGCCCUCUCUCACCACGGAGUAAACCCUCUUCCCCGGGACCCUGUCCUGAGAUCAGGGAUCUAGACCAGGCUUUUCAAGUCAAGAAGCCCCCAGGCCAGGCUGUGCCCCAGGUGCCCGUCAUUCAGCUUUUCAAAGUCCUGAAGCAACAGGACUACCUGUCUCUGCCCCCUUGGGAGGUCAACAAGCCUGGGGAGGUGUGUUGAGACGCUCAGACCUAGACAGGCAAGGGGACGGAGAGAGCUUACCUUCCCUCCCACCUGACCUUCCUCAGUCAUUUCUGCAAAGCCAAGGGUCAGCCUCCUGUUGAGGUAGCUGGAGGCCUGGGAAAGGAGUUAGCCUUGCUCCAGACCCCUUGACCUUCGGCAAAUCACUUCUCUCCCUGCGCUCACAUACACACACACACACUUGUAAGUGCACACAUUUUUCCCCUCAAGUUAACUUAUUUGUAGGUUCUGAAUUAUUAGAACUUUCUAGACAUACUCAUUCCAUCUCCCCCUCAUUUUUUUAAAUCGGGUUUCCUUGCUUUUGCCAUUUUUCUUCCUUCUUUUUCCACUGCUUUAUUAUGAGAGUGAGGCUGAGGUCUGAGCAGAGCCAUGUCAGACUGAGACGCGUCUGGUUGUGUUUAGGAUUUGUGUGGGCUGCCUGUCCCCGGCAGGUGCUGAUGCAUAUGACAUGAUUCUCAUCUGGGUGCAGAGGCGGGAGGCACCAGGUGGGCACAGUGGGGGUUAGGGCUUGGAAGAGUGGCACAGGAUGGGCACGCUCAGUGAGGCUCAGGGAAUUCAGACUAGCCUCAAUUGUCAUUCUGAGAAAUGGGCAUGGUAAUGCAGGGGGCGGGGUGCAAGGGAUGUACAUGAGAGACUGAGAGCUUCUGGGGAGCCCUGCUGGUGAUGUCUGCGGGACCUCCAGUCCCCUGAGACCCCAUGUCAUGUAGAGAAGUUAACGGCCCAAGUGAUGGGCAGGCUGGUGGGACCUGGGAAACAUCAGGAGAGGAGUCCAGAACCCACGUCUACUGCAGAAAAGUCGGGGGAAACUGCCUAACAAAGAAAAAUGCCCCAAAGGCAUACAUGCUUUAGGGCCUUUGGUCCAAAUGGCCCAGGUGGCCACUCUUCCAGAUACCCCGGGCAACUCUCACUCCCACCGGCCACAGAUGAGGGGCUACUGGUCAAUGCCUGGGCCUACACCAAGGAUUACGUUUCUUUUAAAUCUUUGUCUUUCAGAUACAUGAAAAAUAAUGGCAUUAAAUUGCUUUAAUUUGCAUUAUUUUUGUUAUCCAGUUUGCACAUUUUUUAUAGGCAUCUUAGGCAUUGAUUGGUAUUUUUUAAUUGGGCCAAGCACAUUAAGGUGUUUCUUCUGUUGGGUGCUAUCAUUUUCUGAUUAAGUUUUUUCAACUAUUAACAUAUGGUCUUUCAUGGAUGAUGGAGUGUUUUCCCCCCAAAUCUGUAGUUUGUCUUAUAAUGUUGUAUUUGAGGUUUUACGGUGUAUAAGUGUGAAUGCUUCUGUAAUGUCAAACAGAUCCCUUCCCAGUAAACUCCUUCUUCACUUUUACUGUCAAAUUUACAAAGGUCUUCCCACUGCAAAGCAGCGUUUGUCCUAAAGUAUAUAAUUUUUUCUAGUUCAUUUUGUGUUUCCAAAUUUUCAUGUAAAAUUUUAAUUAUUUUUGAAUGUAUGGAUGUGAGAUGGAGGUGCCUUUUGGUAUUGAAAUUCUUUGUCCAUGUAUCUGAAGUGUUACUUUUGUGAUAUAGGAAGUCCUUGUAUAUGUACUUCAUCGGCCCCUAGGCUUCCUAUUUUGUUACCUUGUUCUCUCUAUGGCAUCCACCAUUUUGAUUGUUCUACUUGUAUAUGUUUUCAUAAGUGGUUAAGCAAGUGUUCUCGUUACUUUUGCUCUUAAAUCCCUGUUCAUUACAGCAAUGUUGGUGGUCAAAGAAAAUGGUAAACGACUUGAAUGUUCAAUGGUCCUGAAAUUCAUAACAACAUUUUAGUACAUUGUAAAGUAGAAUCCUCUGUUCAUAAUGAACAAGAUCAACCAAUGUGGUUUAGAAAGAAGUCCGAGAUAUUAAUUCCAAAAUAUCCAGACACUGUUAUAGGGGAAAAGUUGCAAUAAAAUAUCUGUAACAUAAAACAAAGU